AUGUGCCUUUCUUUUUUACACUGUUCUAAGAGGAAAAAGAAAAAAUCAUCAACAAAAAUUUCAACAAUAAUACCUACUACACAUCAAAAACGAGAGGAGGAGGAAGAAGAUUCAGAUUCACUAACUUCCCCACCUUAGCGAACCAAAACAUUUUAUAUUUUUUGUUUUUAAAAAAUUAUCAAUUUUAUAAUAAAUUUUGUUUCCAAAAAUUUAAAAAUCCCAAUUCAUAAAAACCGGAAAAGCAAAUAUUUAUUUAAUUUAAAAUUUAUUUUAAAAAAUUAAGCUGUUUAAAAUUAAACAGAAUUAACUAGAGAUUUCAUUAUACUAAUUAUCAAAAAUUUUUAUAUUAAAAUCCAGAGGGCGGGUUUUGGCCAAAAAAUAGGGAUUUUUUCAAUGGUUUUGCUCGCUUACAAAGGUGGGGGGGUAAGCAGUUUACGGGCAGAUAUGAAUUCUUUUGGUAUCCCUUCAGUAAAUGAAAAGUAUUAUCAAGAAAUCGGAGGUGUUUUAAUAAUGAAAAAAAUGUCGUCUAGCUCUCAAAAUGCAAUUCAAACAAAGGAAAUUUCGAUUGAAAUUGAAUCUCCUGUUAAAAACCGAAUAAAGAUGGCUAGAGAACGACUAAUGACUUUAUAG